UUUUUCAACUCCAUAGUCUCACUGCUUCACUCUGAUCAGGAAGAGAAGAGAACCCUAGAAAUGAAAUUUUUGGAUGCUAAUGUGCGCAGAUCCCUUUAUUGUGUCAGUUACUGGCUAAAUUGUUUUUGGUGCAUUUUAGUUUAACUUCCUAAAACUCACAUUAGCUCCCUCUCUGUUUCUUUAACUAGAGUUGGGGUUGGGGGUCCUCUUUCUUUUAUUGUGGUUUUCAUUUUCUUUUUUUUUAAUUGCCAAUCAUUGUCUUUUUUUCUCCCUGAGUAACUUUAACUCUUGAGAUCCUCUUGGUCUCUUGCUUUUCUUUCUUUUUAAUUUAAUUUUGGAUAAACAAUUUAAAGAAUUGAAAGGGGAGAGAGAGAAGAGGGUUGGUGUUAUUUGAGGUUCAGAUCUGAGGAAGCUAAGAGAGGAGGAAGAAAGCAGAAGUGGAAAUGCUGGCUAUUGGGAGCCCGACUAUUAGUGUGCGUACGAGCACUACUUGCAAUGCUUUACUUAGAGAGCUUCAGCAAAUUUGGAAUGACAUUGGUGAGAGUGAAGCAGAUAAAGACCGUAUGCUUUUGGAGUUGGAGAGGGAGUGCUUGGAAGUUUAUCGUAGAAAGGUUGAGGAAGCUGCCAAUGCCAAAGUACGCCUUCAUCAGUCUGUUGCAGCUAAGGAGGCAGAGCUUGCAACGCUCAUGGCUGCCCUUGGGGAACUUAACAUCCAUUCACCAACAAAGACAGAGAAGAGGGCACCAUCACUAAAAGAGAAACUUGCAUGUGUUACACCACUGGUGGAAGAUCUGAGGAUGAAGAAAGAGGAACGAAUGAAGCAAUUUACGGAUAUAAAGGCACAAAUUGAAAAGAUCAGUGGGGAAAUUUCCGGAUACAACCAUCUCAACAAUUCUCUGAUGAGUUCUUUAACCCUGGAUGAGCAAGAUUUGUCUAUAAGAAAGCUUAAUGAAUAUCAAACACAUCUUCACACCCUUCAAAAGGAGAAGUCUGAUCGUCUUCAUAAGGUCUUUGAAUAUGUGAACGAAGUGCAUACUCUCUGUGGUGUGCUUGGGUUGGAUUUUGGGCAGACGGUCAGUGAUGUUCACCCAAGCUUGCAUAAAGAAAACCAAGAACAAUUGACAAAUAUAAGUAAUAGCACUCUAGAAGGUCUAGAACAAUCCAUUAUCAAGUUGAAGUUAGAAAGAAAAGCACGGAUCCAGAAGCUGAAAGAUAUUGUGGCAUCAUUAUUUGAACUUUGGAAUCUGAUGGACUCACCAAAAGAGGAGAAAAAUAGCUUCUCAAGAAUUACUUGUAUCCUUGGAUCUUCUGAAUCUGAAAUCAUUGAACCAGGUGUACUCACAACAGAUAUAAUUGAACAGGCAUCAGCAGAAGUGGAGAGGCUUACUAAACUAAAAGCUAGCAGAAUGAAAGAACUUGUUAUGAAACGGAGAUCAGAACUGGAGGAAAUAUGCAGAAUGACUCAUAUUGAGCCAGAUACAAGUACUGCUGCUGAGAAAUCAAAUGCAUUGAUAGAUUCUGGAUUGGUGGAUCCUUCUGAAUUAUUGGCAAAUAUUGAGGCCCAGAUAGUCAAAGUUAAAGAAGAAGCUAUGAGCCGAAAAGAAGUCAUGGAUAGAAUUGACCGGUGGCUUUCAGCUUGUGAGGAGGAAAACUGGCUUGAAGAGUAUAGUCAAGACAGUAACCGAUACAAUGCUGGGAGAGGUGCACACAUUAAUCUUAAACGUGCAGAAAGAGCUCGAGUGACAGUUAACAAAAUUCCAGCAAUGGUUGACAAUCUGAUUAGUAAAACUCUUGCCUGGGAAGAAGAGAAGAAGAUGCUAUUUCUUUAUGAUGGGGCAAGAUUGGUGUCGAUAUUGAAGGAUUACUUGCAGGCCAGACAACAGAGAGAAGAGGAGAAAAAGAGAUGCAGGGAUCAGAAGAAACUCCAAGAUCUACUGUUAACGGAGAAGGAACUCAUGUAUGGUUCCAAACCGAGUCCGCGAAAAAGUAACAGCUUUAGAAAAGCAAAUGGUUAUCGUGCAAAUGGAAAUGGCUCCAUGACCCCCACACCUCGCCGAAACUCAGUUGGUGCCGCAACUCCUGAGCUCCUCACCCCCCGAUCUUACUCUGGACGUCAAAAUGGAUACUUCAAGGAAAUGAGAAGGUUGUCUACUGCACCACUGAACUUUGUGGCCAUAUCAAAAGAAGAUACAAUGUCAUUCGCUUCUGUUUGUGAUUCUGAGCCAGGCUCUCCUCCUCAGAGUUAGUUCAAAAAACUGUUAAUGGCAACAUUACACAGUGGCUCAUCACUUCAAUUUUAAGCAGUGGAACCUUGUGAAUAUCAAAUAGAUGUACACUAGUCCGUGAUUGUGAAUCGUUAGGAGUACAUGGGAGAGUGGUUACUGACAUUUGUGAAAAUGCGCUGGGAUGCUAUUUGCUUUGAAGAAUAUCGGCUUCUGGAAGGAAAAUACUGGGUAGAUAAAUAGUUUGGAAGUACUUGUUAACCCUCAAGUCUUUGUUUCACAGUAUAGGGGAAAACGAAUAUGGUAGCUUUAUAGUAGUAGACUGACCAUGUUUUUCUUUUCUUUUCUUUCUUUUUUUCUUUUUGUGGAUUUUGCUUGUGGUUUGCAUAUCCGUGUAUAUAAUGUACUUCAGUGUGAUGGGCUAUCAUUUGAUGUAGGAAACCUUGGUAUAUUUAGAGAUGCAUAUUGUAGGAUCAUUCUGAUGUGAUACAUAGAAAGAAAUAAAUGUCUGUCUAUGAAGCUUGUUCAGUUUGUUGUUUCAA